AUGGCAACCAAAAGCGACGCGGCAUCGAGUAAUGGCGAUUUCCAAGCCCACCUGGACGUCGCCAUUGUUGGAGGCGGCAUCAUUGGCGUCAUGACGGCACUGGGCCUCUUGCGCCGAGGAUUUAAAGUUACCAUCUAUGAGCGUGCUGCUACAUGGCCAGAUGUGGGAGCCGCAUUUGCCUUCACGGGCAUUGCACGAGUGUGCAUGGAACGUCUCGACCCGCGCGUACUUGAGUCUCUUGCCCGAGUUGCCCAAAGAAGCCCCCAUGACAAGGUUCGUUACUGGGAUGGCUUCCACCCUCAAACCAAAGAGUCUGCUAUGAAAGAGGAAUCCGCACUCUUAUUUGAGACUCUGGAAAAGAACAUGGCCUACUGGGCUUGUCUAAGAGGUCAUUUCCUGCUAGACAUGGCUGCCCAGCUUCCUGACGACGUGGUGAAGUUCAAAAAACGACUUGUGGGCUACGAUGAUAAUGAGGCAAACGCGAAGGUAAUUUUGCGCUUCACUGACGGAAGCACCGCCCAAUCCGACCUUGGUCUGUCUCCCGUUCAACGCAUGGCUUAUGCCGAUAGAUGCAGUCUUGAUGAUAGUUACUUACAACCUAGAACAGUAAUCGCGUGCGACGGUAUUCAUUCAACUGUCCGCAAGAUCUUCCUGGGUGCAGACCACCCGGCCGCAAACGCCCAGUACUCCCAGAAGGCCAUGUACCGCGCCAUGGUACCCAUGCCGAGUGCAAUCAAGGCACUAGGCACCGACAAGGCUCAUGUACAAAUUGCGCAUAUGGGACCCGAUGCCCACAUCGUGUCUUUCCCGAUAAACAACGCGCAAGCUUAUAAUGUUUUCAUCUUCCUACACGAUCCAGAGGAGUGGCAUCAUGGGCAUACCAUGACCGUCGCCAGCUCCCGUGAUGAAGUUGUGGAGGCACUGCAGGGUUGGGGCCCGCAUAUCAAGGAAAUGGUUGAUGAGUUCCCUGAAACCUUGAGCAAAUAUGCCAUCUUUGACCAAGCUGACAAUCCGCUUCCAUCAUACGCUUCUGGUCGUGUGUGUCUGGCUGGCGACGCAGCACAUGCGAGCAGCCCAUUUCACGGCGCGGGUGCCUGCAUGGGCGUUGAGGAUGCUUUGGUCCUGGCCGAGCUUUUGGCACGCGUCAACGCUGGGCCUACCACCACGAUACAGCGCAACCUCAAGAUAGCCUUGCAUACAUACAGCUCCGUGAGAAUUGAGCGCACCCAAUGGCUGGUCAAGAGCUCUCGGGAGAUGGGAGACGUGUACGAGUGGCGAUAUCCUGCAUCUGGAGAUGAUGGCGACAGAUGCAAGGCCGAGUUCGAGAGGCGUUCGGAAGUCAUUUGGGAUUUUGAUGUGGACGGCAUGGUUACUGAUGCAAAUAAGGUCUAUGAUUCUCAGAUUUAA